AUGGCAACGGCAGCUCCUCUGCCGCUUUCCCUCGUCCUCGUCGUCCUCGCCACGGCCGCCUGUGCAGGCUCGGCGGCCACCAUAUUCCCCAGAGAAGCCCUGCCGACCAAGUCCGGCUACCUCCCGAUCCCCGUGGCCAACGCAUCUCUCUACUACGCCUUCUACGAGGCCACCGACCCGCUGACACCGCCGGCCUCCACGCCGCUGAUCGGCCCCUACGUCUUCCCCAUCGCCAGCUGCUCCAACUCCUCCUCCUCGGAGUUCCCCUUGUUGCCCAACCCCUACGCGUGGAACCGCCGCUUCGGGCUCCUCUUCCUCGAGAGCCCGCUCGGCACGGGCUACAGCCCAGCGCCGUCCCCCUCCGCCAUCCCCACGUCCCAGCCCGUCGUCGCGGAGCACGUUCUCGCCGCGCUCCGGUCCUUCCACUCGGCCCAGCCGCCGUCCUUCCGCGCCCGCCCGCUCUUCCUCACCGGCGAGAGCUACGCCGGCAAGACCAUCGCCACGGUCGGCGCGCUCAUCCUGGCCACCAACCCGACUCUCCCCCGACAACAGAGGCUCAACCUGCGCGGCGUGGCCAUCGGCAACGGACUGGUGCACCCCGUGGCGCAGGUGGCCACCCACGCCGACACCGUCUACUUCGCGGGCCUGAUCAACGCGAAGCAGAGGCGUGAAGCCGAGGCGAUGCAGGCGGAGGCGGUGGCGCUGACCGUCGCGGAGCGGUGGCGCGAGGCGGCGGACGCGCGCGGGCGCGUACUGUCGUGGCUGAGAAACGCAACAGGGCUGUCGUCUCUGUUCGACGUGGCGGUGGACACGCCCCUGGAGGCCCUGGCUGCCGGCGCCGAGGAGUUCAUGAACAGCGCAGAGGCGCUGCUGCGGGGACCGGCAUCCACGCGCGUGCUGGUCUAUGAGGGCAUCCGCGACGCGCAGGACGGGGUGGUGUCCGUGGAGGCGUGGCUGCGGGAGCUGGAGUGGGACGGGCUCGCCGCGUUCCAGGACGCGCCCCGCGCCGUGUGGCGUAGGAGAAGCGGCAGCGGCGGCGGGCAAGGACAGAAACUCGCCGGGUACGUGCAGAAGCAUGGGGCGCUCGUGCACGUCGCUGUGUACGAGGCCGGGCACUUGGUGCCGGCGGCGCAGGAGAUAAUCGAGGACUGGGUGUUCGACAAAGGCCUGUUCGGCACGGCGAGCACAUAG